UAUUGGCAAUCCUGUUUAGCUUCUAUUUUGAGGUUAAGUUGUGAGUAAUGUGGAGUGUGAAAAACUAACAUGUGUUUUCAUUAAAAACGAGAUUCUGUUUACAAGAAAGGCACAAUGGCUGAGUUUGAGGAAUCAGUUAAAAGAUUUUAUCUGCGCAUUAAAACGCACAAAACAGAAACACAUUUUCCAGAAGAUUGGGGUAGUUUAGUAGUAGAAGAUCGAUUUUGGAAUCAUAUUCUCGAUGUAUCGCUAGACAGUGUAUUGUUGAAAGAAUUUUUUAGUGCCAAAACCCCUGAAGAAAGAGAAGAAUAUUUUAAUUUUGGAGUUGAAUGCUUUACGUGUUUUAUUCAGUGUAAUUUUACUGGUCCCGCUAUCAAAGAAACUGUAGCAGAAUUUCUAUCAGGGGAUAAGUUUCAACAUAUAGACUUUGCCGGCCGUUUAUCGAUGAACAAUGAAGAAAUUAACGUGAACACAAAGUUCCCAGUGCUUUUAGUGGUUUCAGAAAUAAUUUUUGAUUCUUGUAUCAUCAACAACCUUGUUAAUCUGUGGUGGUGCUGUCGAGCGUUGAUGAUUCAUCAAGAUAUUUUGGACGAGUUAAGUCCCACUUUAUUGUCCAAUGCGGAUCGUCUGAGUAAACUAAUUCAAAACAUUCCUUUGCAAGGUUUUAUAAAGGCAGAAUUAGAUAUUGAGUUAGCUCAACUUUAUCUCAGAUUUCGCCAUGUUAGCAAAACCAAGGACUACAUAACAUCAGCCAGUGAGAUAUUGGGACUAGAAUAUAAUUUAAUAGGAAAGUUAGGCAAAAGAACUAAAUAUCAAACAGAAGAUAUAGCACAAUUAUCGCUUCAAGUAACACUCGCUGAGCGAGAAGGAAUAAAUAGACCUGUGGUAGAAAAACUAACAAUUCCAAAAACUUUCGGACUUAAUGAUGAUGUCAGAUUAGAUAAAGUAUCAUUUACUGAUGGUUUUGAAUUAACAAAGUUACCAAAUGUAGAACAAAAACUUUUGUUGACUAUAGUUCAACAGACUUUAAUUUCUAGUCCACCUGAUGAAUUACAGGUUGAAGAAAUAUUACCAAUUCUCGAGUUAAUUCUAAAUCAAAACAAUACUUACUCAGUUCGCGUUAUGGCUUUGCUAUUACGAUCUAAAUUGGAGAGCAAAAAUAAAAGAACAAUUGAGAGAUGUUUGAAACAGUGUGAGGAUAUUAUUGGUUUUUUUGAUAAGGAAAAUCCAUCAGCCAUGAUUAGGAUUGGAGAUAUGUUUGGCACAUGUUUUAUACCAAUAUGGAAAGUGCGAGCUCAGUAUGCUGAUAUGUUAUUAAAUUUUGGUUUGGUGAAGAAUAGUUUGGAGAUCUAUUUAGAAAUUCAGCUGUGGGAGGAAGUUAUAGUUUGUUACACAAUUUUAAAAAUGAGAGAAAAAGCAGCUGAAACUAUAAGGAAACAACUGGAAGCGAAACCUACAGUGAAACUAAUGUGCUUAUUAGGUGAUGCAACUGAUGAUGUGACUUGUUAUGAGAAAGCUUGGGAAAUGUCGAAACGCCGAAGUCACCGAGCUCAGAGACAUUGGGGUCAGUUUUUAUUUGCGCGCAAAAAAUAUGAAGAAUGCAUUCCACAUUUUGAAAAAUCUCUUAGUAUAAAUCCUUUGCAAUCAAACAUUUGGUUAGGCCUGGGAUUUGCAGCUCUCCAAGUAGAAAAUUGGCAUACUGCCGCAACAGCAUACCGACGCUACACUACUUUAGAGCCGGACGGUUUUGUGGCGUGGAACAACCUAGCCCAAGCUUACUUGAAGAUAGGAAAUAAACGCAGUGCACACCAAGCCGUUCUUGAGGCUUUGAAGUGCAAUUUUGAAAAUUGGAAAGUGUGGGAAAAUUUGCUUAUAAUAAGUUGUGAUAUAUCCAACUUCUCUGAUGUAAUUCGCGCUUACCAUCGACUGAUCGAUCUAAAAGAAAAGUAUUUAAAUAUAGAGGUGCUAAAUGUUCUUGUGUACAGCGUAUGUAAUGAUUCAAACGAUUUUGAUGGUAACUCUGCGCGGCAAUUUUUACAGAAAACUCGGGAACUGGUCGGCAGAGUUACCGCAUUGUAUCCAAACAGCGGUGCAGUAUGGGAAUUAUAUGCUAGUUUAGCUCCAGUUCUAUUGCUUAGAGCUCAACGUCUGCAAAGAGCCUACAGGGGAUAUACACAAGGUGCUUGGGACAAAAAUCCAAAAACUUGUUUUCAUGUAUUGAAUGUUUGUAAUAAGUUAGGAGAUAUCGUGCUUGAUGAUGAGAUCGAUCCAACAAAUACAAUUGUAAGUUCAAUAAAACUGAACCUUUCUGCUGCGUUGACAGCUGUUAAGAAGUAUAAUUGGGAAGAAACUGCAGCAUUAGUUGAAGAGGUGUCCACUCAGUUAGAUCUAAUUUUGGAAAAAAUGAAAAAAGGAACUGCUGCAUUUAGGGUUGAUGUCAAUUAGCAUUUAUUUAUUUUUUACUUUGUUUAAUCAUAUUACCGCUCCUAUUAAAAUAUAAAAAAUA